UUCACAAUUGGUAUUUUUUUCAUCCGCAUCGCAGUCUUGCUCAGUUCAGUUCGGUAUUAGUAAAGUCUAUUGAAACUGUAAUUUCGUGUUACAGAAGUUUAUAAAAAUUGAUUAAAAUAUUAAUAAUAAAGAUUUUAUUUAUGGAAAUGAUGUAAAAUGUGAAUAUUGAUAAAAGGAAAUCUAACUUUUGUAAUAAUCCAGCAUGAGGGCUAGAGUGCCACGUUGCCGGUCAUUUUCGACUCGUAUCUUGGCUAUACUACUCUUGGUACUUGGUUUCGGGGCGUACUGCUAUUACUUCAGUUCUCCUUCAUUCAACAAAACAAGUAACAGCAUAACUAGCGGGGAGGACAUCGAUCUCAAAGCGCCACCGCCAUUUUUCCACGAACCCAUCCGACAAGAGAAGGCUAAUCUAGAACAAUGUCCUGUAUUGAAGGAGAGCGCAGCGGACAUCGACACCGUUUCCAUCUACCCUUCUUUUGAAUUUCAACCAAGCUGGCUGAGAACGAAAGAGUUUUGGGAGCAGUCAUUUGAAGAGCGCUAUGAGAAGAUUCGGAAUGACAACCGUCGCCCGAGAUUAAAGGUAAUUGUCGUGCCUCACUCACACAAUGAUCCAGGUUGGCUCAAGACUUUUGAACAAUACUUUGAAUGGAAAACGAAGAAUAUCAUCAAUAACAUUAUACAAAAGCUCACACAGUACCCAAAUAUGACAUUUAUUUGGACUGAGAUCUCGUUCCUCAACGCUUGGUGGGAGAGGUCACACCCUGUAAAGCAAAAGGCUCUGAAAAAACUUAUAAAGGAAGGUCGACUUGAAAUUACAACAGGCGGUUGGGUGAUGCCAGACGAAGCUUGUACACAUAUCUACGCGUUGGUCGAUCAAUUUAUAGAAGGCCACCAUUGGGUAAAAACUAACUUAGGGAUUAUACCAAAAACGGGCUGGUCUAUUGACCCUUUCGGGCAUGGUCCCACAGUGCCUUACUUACUCGACCAGAGCGGCCUUGAAGGGACCAUCAUUCAAAGGAUUCAUUACGCUUGGAAACAGUGGCUAGCCGAGCGGCAGAUUGAAGAAUUCUAUUGGAUUCCAGGAUGGUCUACUAAGAAACCCUCCAUCGUCGUCCACAAUCUGCCAUUUGACAUCUAUUCAAUUAAAAGCACAUGUGGUCCGCAUCCGUCCGUAUGUCUUAGUUUUGACUUUAGGAAAAUCCCAGGAGAGUAUUCUGAAUACACUUCUAAACAAGAGGAAAUUACCGAGCAAAAUCUUCAUAGUAAAUCGAAAACACUGAUAGAGGAAUAUGAUCGAAUCGGCUCACUCACUCCCCAUAAUGUAGUGCUUGUGCCCCUUGGCGAUGAUUUUAGAUAUGAGUAUGGUGUAGAAUUUGAUGCUCAAUAUACUAAUUACAUGAAAAUGUUUAAUUACAUAAAUAGUCACAAAGAUCUAUUCAACGCUGAUGUCCAAUUCGGUACGCCACAUGAUUACUUCACUGCCAUGAGAGAAAGGCACCAGAUUAUACCAAGUUUAAAAGGUGAUUUCUUUGUGUACUCUGACAUAUUCAGCGAGGGAAAGCCAGCUUACUGGUCAGGAUACUAUACCACACGACCCUAUCUCAAAAUUUUCGCGCGGGAAUUUGAACAUCAACUUCGAACGUCUGAAAUUUUGUUUUCACUCGUCUCCAAUUAUAUAAAACAGUCCAGUGAUAACAAGUUUAUUGCUUCAGAGAAGAAAUUAGAGAAAUCUUACGAACAACUUAUCAUCGCUCGAAGAAAUCUAGGUCUGUUUCAACAUCACGAUGCUAUAACGGGAACCUCUAAAGCUAAUGUUAUGUACGAUUACGGAACUAAAUUGUUUGCCAGCAUAAAUCAUUGUCUUCGGUUGCAAGAGGCAGCCCUCACGGCCAUAAUGAUUCCCGAAGAAUCCCUACAUUCCCAGAGUAUCAUUCAGAGUGAAAUCGAGUGGGAAACUUAUGGAAAACCCGUGAAGAAGUUACAGGUGUCCUUUGUCGAUAAAAAGAAAAUUGUUUUAUUCAAUCCCCUAGCAGAAUCACGUACUGAAGUUAUUACUGUCAGGUCUAAUACUACAAAUGUGAGAGUGUAUGAUACUCACAAGAAAGUAUACGUGCAAUAUCAAAUCACUCCUAAUAUAGAUAUUCGAGAAGACGGUAAACGAGCAAUAAGUGAUACAAAUUUCGACGUGCUUUUUGUUGCCACAUUGCCACCAUUAAGUUCUGUCACAUUCAAUCUUGAAGAGCAUACCAACACGUCACACCGUUGUGAUGUAUUUUGCAAUAGUUGUAACGAGGGGCAGAAGUCUGAUUCCGAAAAACCUUUAUUCGUUACCAAGAAAAUGAUGCCUGGUGAUAUACAGUUAGAAAAUUCGGUACUUUCCUUGUUGAUUAAUCGAAACACUGGUUUCUUGAGGCAGAUAUACAGAAAAGAUAUUAGAAAGAAGAACGUAGUGGAAAUGCAGUUUGGUGCAUAUCAAAGCGCUCAAAGGCACUCUGGAGCCUAUUUGUUUAUGCCUGAUUAUGAUGCGCCAGAGAAAAAUGUGUUGCAUCCAUAUUCCAACUGGAAUAGUUUGCAAGAUGACAACAUAAUAAUAGUGUCAGGUCCAGUAUCAACUGAAAUUACAACUAUGUAUCUACCUUUCUUGGUGCACACUAUCCGAAUAUACAAUGUGGACGAUCCAGCGCUUUCACAUGGUGUUUUCAUAGAAAAUAUAGUAGAUUUUGAAAAUCCUCCUAAAAAUAGAGAAACGGAAUUGUUUAUGAGAAUACAGACGGACAUCCAAAAUGGUGAUAUACCAGAAUUCUAUACUGAUCAGAACGGGUUUCAGUAUCAGAAGAGAGUAAAAGUAGAAAAAUUAGGUAUAGAGGCUAAUUACUACCCCAUAACUACAAUGGCAUGGUUGCAAGAUGAAGAGACGCGACUGACGUUACUGACUAACCAUGCGCAAGGGGCAGCAGCUUUUGAACCUGGACGGUUGGAGGUAAUGUUAGAUCGGAGAACCCUGUACGAUGACUUCAGAGGCAUCGGCGAAGGAGUGGUCGAUAACAAACCCACGGUGUUCCACAACUGGCUCUUACUGGAGCCUAUAGUGAGCCCGAGAACUAAGAGAGAUACGAGUGAAAAGAGCAUCCGUCACGUUAGCGAGAGGCACUUCAGUCCUAAUGAAAAGGAUACAGCGUACCAAUUGCCAUCACAAAUGGCCAGCUAUUUAAGCAAAACGCUGAACUAUCCAGUGAACAUUUAUCUCGUUGAUACCAGCGAGGUAGGGGAAAUAGAGGUGAAGACACAUCAAAUUUUCUUGCAAAAUUUCCCGUCCGGUAUUCACUUGAUGACCUUACGUACAAUAACUGAUGAUAUUCUCGAGCAAUUCCCAAGUUCCGCGUGCUACAUGGUGCUUCAGAGACCUGGAGUUAGUUGUUCCGUAGGAGACACGACCCAGAAGAGGUCUACUGUGUUCACAUCUAAAACUAAAUUCAGUGGUCUAAAUAUUUAUAACUUAACAUCUGUAAGUUUAACUGGCCUAAAGACACACAAAUCUUUAGCUGGAUUACAUGAUAUUGAAAUACAUCCCAUGGAGGUGAAAACAUUUAAAAUUCGAUUCUGAAGACUGUUAGUAUUAGGUUUAAAUGUUUGUAAUUUUAUAUAAUGAUUGAUACUCGCCUAAUUCUGCUCUGGCGAGACUUAUGAUGUGGAUGUGUAUAAAUUUUAAUGAAAAACGGUGCAACAUAAAAAUUUUCUGUUGCGUAUCGCAACAACCUAUUGGUGCACGUUAACGUCAUGCACUUUAAUCGAAUGUUAUUUAUAAAAAUAGUAAUUUUAGUAAUUUAAUGAUGAACUAAAUGAAUAAUUUAUUUAUGAACACCGAUUUCGUGAGUACAUCGUCUGAAAUCUAGUAUAACCUAGAUGAAUCUACCUCAGGACCAAAUGAUAUACCUAUUUGAAUCAAACGAUUCCUUAUAUAUGUUAAUAUUAGUUCAAUAUAAUAUUUAUAGACAGAUUUGAAUAAUUAAAUACGAGGAAAUUAUAUCGGACGCUGCAUAAAACAUUAUUAUGGCGAAGUGAAUUCAUAGCAUUGUGGCUAAGUCUUCGUUUGUGCAAAACUACCGUGACCAUAGUUUCCUACGAAAUGAAUAUUGCUUUGUAUGCUUAUAGAUAGUAAUAUUUUAUACACAUAAAUAAUAUACCCCUUUAGUUGCUUACAAAAAUGAUAUAAUAAUAUCAAAAUCUCACUAAUCUCUUGUCUUUCUCUACUAAAUUAUGAAAUUAAAUAUGCUUUAAUUUCAAAAUAAACAUUAUGUAAAAUAAUGAUAACGCCAAACAAGAUAAUAAUUGCUGACAUAUUUCAUUGCAGGUUAUUUUCUUGAAAUUAUAUUUUGCUUUAUAAAAUUCGUUAUUAAAUUUUGCUAUAAACAAAUAUAUUGUAUGAAAUUAUAGUCCUGUCACACAUAUUUUAAAUUUUCAUUAUUUAUACCUACAAAUUGUGAUUUUUAUUAUGUUAUUUUAUAUUUAGUCUACUGUGAUAAUAUCCCCAUGACACAUUACAUGAAAUUUAGUAUUGCUGCAUUUUAAUGUAUAAUAAAAAUAUUAAACUAAGUAUUAAACUAUCUCUAAAAUUUAUUGAUUUUAGAGUUCGUUUCGGGGUAUGAUGGGACUAAUACUAAAAUGAUAUCUCUAAAAUUAUUACAUAAUGAAAUUUUACGAUCAACCCCAUUACGACGCAUUUAUUUUUUUGGAGAUUAUUAAAAAUUUUGUUCAACCUAGAUUUGUGAUCUUUAAAAUUGACUUUUUCUUAUGAAAUUAUCUUAUUUACCUUUGGUUAUAUAAAUGUGUGUCUAUGUAAAAUCAGCAGUAAGUGUUAUGAACGUAAUUUUAUUCAUAGUCAUUAGAAUUUAAUACAAGAUAAUAUAUGUAGUUGUUAGUGUGCCAAUGGGCCGGCCACACGGAAGAACUGAUAGAAAAGGUUCUCCAGUGGUCACCCCGUAUAAGCAAACGUGUAUAAGGCGACCCUUCACAAGGUGGAUCGAUGAUCUCAAAUAUAUAUGGGGGAAACCUAUAUUCAGUCAGUAGCCGACAAUGAAUGGCUGAAAUUAUGAUGAUUAUAAUAACAUAGUUAUACCCUUUUUUUUUAUCAACCAAUCAAUGUAAUUCACUAACACAGUUCCAUUACCUUAUUUGUGUGUAAUGUUAACAUUUUUUAUUUAUACUCGUAAUUAAAAACACCAUUUAUAAAUGAUGAAAUAAUUAUUAAUUUUCUUUUUUAAAUAUGCUUUUUGUUAAAAUUGAAACAUUGUUAUUCAGUCCACUUAUAAAAUCAAAAGAUUAAUUUUUUUUAAAUCUUUUUUUAAAGGUUUUUAAAAAUAUUUAUUUUUUUUUGUACAGACACGCACUAGUAUGAAUUUGUUUAAAAAAAUCUCUAAUAUUUUAAACGUGACGCUGUUUUGGUUGUGUCUAUUAUGGUACAUGUUUGUUAUUAUUAUUUUUUAAUUUAUUUUCAAUUGAUAUAUUUAAGUUACUUUUAUUUAACAUAAAAAGGUGAAAUGUUCUAAAUUGAGAUUAUAUCUAUAUAAGACAAUUAAAGACACGAAUAAGUGAAUGUAAGAUGUCAUAUUUUUGGACUUUCACUAUUCUACGAAUAGAUUGAAUUGUUAGGAGGUGCUAUGUGCAUACAUAAUAUAUAACUUAUACGUACACUCUAUAUCAAGUUUUAGUGAUGUAAAAUGCACAUAAUACGUACAUCUGAAAAUCCGAAAUUGCGACAUAUCGCCUUCACCUAUUCAUGUAUUCAAUUAUUAGUGUGUACACAUUUUUCUAGUUACCUGAUAAAUCUUAUAUAUCCUCCGCCCGUACUUUACUUUUUAAAGCUAUGCUAAUAAUUUUAAAAAUCCUUUAUUUGUAUAUUUUUUACAAUGUAAUAGGAAGGCUUUUGAAUAUUUCUAUUUGUUGUUAGUAUAAGAGUAAUGUAUUCCAGUUUUGUAUUAAUACCAUACAAUUAUAUUUAUUGCACUACUUAUGAUGUGAUUUGGACUACUCUCGUUAGAGAAAAAAAUAAUUAUUAUAGGACUGUUUUUUUUUAAACCACAUUCUUUUUUUUAAAUAACAUUCUAAAUGUAAAUAAUAAUGACUUUUAAAAUUGGAAAUACGGUUUCUGUUCACGAUUAAAAUCUAACCAACAUAAAAAUGUAUAGAUAAUUAUUUAAAACUACUGAUAUAUAUGUAUAGAUAUAUAGCUAUGGACAAUUAUUAGCUUUCUUAAAUAUUGUUUUUACAUUCGUUACAAAUAUGUCCAUAUUUCACCUUACUGACGGAUGUACUGUUAGAGACAUGUUAUUUCUUUAGAGUUCAUUUUAUACUGUAAGAUUAAUGAGAAAAGUGUCAAAUAGCAAAAAUCUAAGUAAUUUAACAGUUUCAAAUUUUUCUCACUGACGGUUGAAAAUGUUCCCUUAUAAUGGAACUAAAACGUUCCUUGUACAAUAAGAUUUAUAUUGUAUUUGGUAACUUCAAAUCAGUAUAUGAAAUUACAGUUGAUUAUGUACAAUUGAUUCUAUAAUAUUUUGGGAUAAUAGGUUUAUAGAUUAAGGAGAGUACACGCGGGAAAGAAUCUACUUAUAAUUUAAAUUAGAACAAUUGACAGAUAAUACAAACGCUGUCACAUUUUUAUGUAUAAAUGCUUUUAAAUUAACGACUAGACAAUAUUCUGUUUAUUCGCUAUUUGAACCCAACUGAACUAAAUCUAUCAUAUGACGACGUUACUAAAUAUACAAGUUACAGGCCUAACUAUUAAUAAAAUACAUUAUCGGACAAAUAGUGUCCCGAGGGUUGCAGCAAGGAUAGGAUAAUAUUUGUAAUAUUUACGGAAUUGAACAACUUUCUCAAAGAAUGUUAGAACACAAAAUAAGAAUUUUUUGUUUUUUUAAAUAGAAACAGCGUUUUAAAAUAUUUUCAUAUUUCAUUUAAUGGUUAAAUUUUAAUCUGUUAUUUAAUUUUCCUUUAAUGUAUUAGAGUCUAACAUACAAAAUAUAUCAUCAAAGUUUUUAAUAACAGCACUGCAAGCGGUACUAUGGCUGAUAAUAGAGUCGAUUCUGAGGUGUCAUUUUUCUAAGCCUAUCUCUCAUAACCUGUUAAAUUGAUAAUGUCGAAUUUAUUAUUUUAUGGACGAUCGUUAACUUAAUUUAUAAUAAUCUUGACUUAAACUUAGUUCAUAUUGGUCUUAAGAUAAAGGUUUCAAUGUAAUAUCGAAAUUAAAUUUUAAUUUUAGUGAUAGGUUAGAGAAUUUGAAUUUAGAAUCAACUCCUGUCGCGUUCUUGAUUGAAUAAAGAGGUUACAACGUUUGUUCAAUUCUUUUUUUUUAUAUAUAUUUUUUAACAAACAUUGACACACUUGUUUUUAAGAACACUCGCUAUAUAUAAGUACAAUAAAUAAUAAUAAUUUAUCUCAAUUUUUGUUUUUAGAAAUUAAACAUUUUAUAAUAACCACAGUAUUUAUUUACGAUUUUUCUCAAAUGUGAUGUUGUAAAACGGCUCACUACCAUUUCAUUAUAAGUAUACCAGUGUGAUUUUAAAAUGAUGUUUUGUAUGUGUACCAAAUGAUUAUUCCAUUUAUUGCAAUGUAUUAAAAUUUUUUUUUUUAUAAUUAUUAUUGUGAUAUAUUUUGAGAGUUAAGAUGUGGUGUCGCCUAAUGAAAAAAUCAAUAACCGAUAUUAAUUAAUUGGACCGUAGUCUGAGUUCGCUCAACAUGCAUUGUAACUACGUCUUUUAUAUGUUUUUUGUACGGAUGUAGGUUGUACUUGUCAUAAUAAAGUAUAUUAGUCAACAAUAGAUAUUAAUUUUUUGUUCAAAAAAUUAAGUAGUUGAAAUAAACAAACAAAAAUUGUAAGAA